AUGGCUCCAAAGCGCAAGGCCCCACUACAGAGUGAGGGCCCUCAGAAGAAGAAAGGGCUCCAGGUGGCAAAGGAGGAAGACAGUUUCCGCUCUGCGGCCGAAGCCCUGAGGGCCGCACCUGCAGAGAAGCGCAAAAUCCGAGUGGACCCUGAGUGCCCACUCAGCAGCAAGCCUGGGACCCAGGUUCAUGAAGACUAUGACUGUACCCUGAACCAGACCAACAUCGGCAACAACAACAACAAGUUCUACAUCAUCCAGCUGCUGGAGGACGGUAACAGCUUCAGCUGCUGGAACCGCUGGGGCCGCGUGGGUGAGGUGGGCCAGUCAAAGCUCAGCCCCUUCCCAUCACUGGACGCAGCAAAAAAAGACUUUGAGAAGAAGUUUCGGGACAAGACCAAGAACAGCUGGGCCGAGCGAGACCACUUCACUGCCCACCCUGGCAAGUACACACUUAUUGAAGUACAGGGAGAAGACGAGACCCAGGAGGCCGUGGUAAAGGUGGACGGAGGCCCCCUGCUGACUGUGGUCCAGCGAGUGCUUCCCUGCACCCUGGACCCAGCCACACAGAAGCUCAUCACCAACAUCUUCAGCAAGGACAUGUUCAAGAAUGCCAUGGCUCUCAUGAACCUGGAUGUGAAGAAGAUGCCCCUGGGAAAACUGAGCAAACAACAGAUCGCUCGGGGCUUUGAGGCCCUGGAGGCACUGGAGGAGGCCUUGAAAACCCCCUCGGUGGGCGGCCCCAGCCUGGAGGACCUGUCCUCCCACUUCUAUACCGUCAUCCCCCACAGCUUCGGCCGCAUGCGCCCACCACCCAUCAACUCGCCUGAGCUGCUGCAGGCAAAGAAAGACAUGCUGCUGGUGCUGGCCGACAUCGAGCUGGCCCAGACCCUGCAGGCAACCCUUCAGGAGGAGAAGAAGGUGGAGGAGGUACCACACCCUCUGGACCGAGACUACAAGCUCCUCAAGUGCCAGCUCCAGCUGCUGGAGGCGGAGGCACCUGAAUACAAGGUGAUUCAGACCUACUUAGACCAGACUGGCUGCAACUACAGGCGCCCGGCUCUUCAGCAUGUCUGGAGAGUGAACCGAGAAGGAGAAGGAGACAGGUUCCAGGCCCACGCCAGUCUGGGUAAUCGGCGGUUGCUGUGGCACGGCACCAAUGUGGCGGUGGUGGCUGCCAUCCUCACCAGUGGGCUCCGCAUCAUGCCACACUCUGGUGGCCGUGUUGGCAAGGGCAUCUAUUUCGCCUCAGAGAACAGCAAGUCAGCUGGUUACGUUACUGGCAUGUCCUGUGGGACCCACCACAUUGGCUACAUGUUCCUGGGCGAGGUGGCACUAGGCCAAGAGUACCACAUCACCGCAGACAAUCCCAGCUUGAAGCAGCCACCGCCCGGCUUUGACAGUGUCAUCGCCCGAGGCCGCACGGAGCCUGAUCCAACGCAAGACACAGAAUUGGAGCUGGAUGGGCAUCGGGUGACAGUGCCCCAGGGCCAGCCCAUGCCCUGUCCCAAGUUCAGCAGUUCCAGUUUCUUCCAGAGCGAGUAUCUCAUCUACAGUGAGAGCCAGUGCCGCCUGCGCUUCCUGCUGGAGCUACGCCUCUGA